AUGGCGCUACCUCUGCGUGUCUCGCGGCACCCCCUUCCCUGCCGCCGCUCGGCGUCUGAGCACUCUCCACCUCUCCAUCCGCGCUCUCCGCGGCCUCCUCUACACCGAACCGCUGCGCUCACCACAGCGCCUGCCGCCCUCCGCACAGCGCUCCCCCCAGCCACAUCGCCGGCCGCCCCGCCUCGCGCCGUCCGCCGACCCACGGCGUGCCGCUCUGCGGCGGAAGCGGCUGGGCUGGCGUCGUUUCCAUGGGAGAACGCGGUGCCGGGGGGAGGGGCGCGGGGCGGAGAGGAGGAGUGGGGGCGGGGGAGCGCGGAGGCAGUGACGGGGGAUGUGGAGGCUGACGUGGUCAUAGUGGGUGCUGGCGUGGUGGGGCUGUGCAUUGCUGACGCACUGCUGAUGUCAUCACCCGACACCAGAGUUGCGGUGAUUGAUAGUGCUUGGCCCUGUGCCGGGGCUACAGGCGCAGGGCAGGGCUACAUAUGGAUGGCGCAUCGCAGCAUGUUGGUGCCGUCACAGCCGUCCCACACAGCCCCACUGGAGCAGCACCACCGAGCGCUGCAGCAGGCGGGGCUGACCGCGCACCUGCUGUCCGCUGCCGCCCUGAGGGACGUGGAGCCGGCGCUGCAGGUGCCGGCUGGGUGCUCGUCCGCGCUGCUGCUGCCCUCCGACUGGCAGCUCGAUGCCCGCCUCGCCAUGCACGCCCUGCUCGCUCGCUGUCGCCAGCAUGCCGCAUCGGGGCGCUACGUGGAGCUGUUUGAGGAGAGCGUCGCCUCCUUCCUCCGGGCGGCAGGAGGCGGCAGGGUGGUGGGAGUGGCGACGGCGCAGCGCAGGGUGGUGGCAGCGCAGGCGGUGGUGGUGGCGACGGGCACGUGGUCGUCGGGCUUCAUUGCCCACGCCCUGCUCCACACCGCCCCUGCCUUCGCCACCACCUCGCAAGCCUCUCAGCCUGAGGAUAGUCCCAAGGAGGGCACUUCGGGUAGUCCGGGUAGCAGCGCAGCAAGCAGCACGGGUGGCGGCAGGGAGCAGGAUCCGGUGGUGCCUCAUGUGCGCCCUCGCAAGGGCUUCCUGUUGCAGCUCACAGACGUGCCCCCCUCGCUCUCUCUGCGCCAUGCCCUCAUGGAGUUUGACUACACCGCCAACUAUGCCGCCCCCUCAGCUCCCACUGCCUCGCCUGCCACCCCACGGCCCUCUCCCAGCCCCACCACCACAGCCACCAUGCAGCCGCCCUCCUCGUCGCCCUGCCCGCCCGCUGCCAUCUCCAUGACUGCCACCUGCGACCACCUCGGCCACCUGCUCAUCGGUGCGCCAUUCUCUCCCCCAACUCCCCCAACCCCUGCCCUCUUGUUGCUCCGCUCACACACAUCACUUGCCCACCCCCCUCCCACCUUACAUGCCAGCAACCUCUCUUCUGCAUUUCGCCUCAUACUUGUUCCAUGGCUGCUGCCCUCCCUACACCCUGUCCCCCCACCAGGCAGCAGCAGGGAGCUGGCGGGCUUCAGUGUGGAGCCCCAUGCGCCCACCGUCGCUGCCAUUCUGCGCCGCACUGCCCUCUUCCUGCCCUCCCUCGCACACCUGCUGCUGCCAUGUGACAGGGAGGGGGCGGGUGAGCGACACAUGAGGCAGGCGGUGCAGCAAGCAGAGGACGAGGCAAUAGCUGCUCGGGUGAACGUUGUUCGCACGGGUCUGCGCCCAUACGGUGGGUCCUGCUCACUGCUUGCAGGCUCGUUUCACAGUCCAUCAUUGUCCUGUGCAUCCUUGAUUGCACGCAGCCACCUCACUAUCCCAUCCGCCUGUCUGUCUGCAGCACCGGAUGGGAGGCCUCUGAUUGGCCCUGUGGACUCGCUACCAGGUGUUCUGUUCGCAUUGGGCCAUGAGGGGUCGGGCCUGCUCAUGGCUCCAGGCAUUGCAGACAUGAUAAUGGCAUAUCUGGGGCGAGGCACCAUGCCUGUGGACGCCCAUCCCUUCCUCCCUCAGGGGCGUCUCCUCACACUGCAGCAGUUGCAGCACAUGCAUCCUUGA